AUGUAUAGUUUAGGAAAAGCAAGAGAUAGGACUUCUUUCAAAGGUGUAUUGGAUAAAUUUGUCAUUGGAUUUACUGAUAUGUUGUCAAGUAAUAGUAACAAUAAACAAGCUUCUGAUAUUUCUUUACCUUUUAAUACUCGACAUGUCACGCACGUUGGUUUUGAUGCUCAUACUGGUGAAUUUACUGGAUUACCUAAUGAAUGGCAAGUUCUUUUACGACAUAGUGGUAUCACAAAGAAAGAACAAGAACAAAAUCCACAGGCGGUUAUUGAUGCUAUUGAAUUCUAUCAAGGAACAAGAAAUUUGACAGAAGGUGUUUGGAACAAGAUCCCAAAAGCUGAAUCUUCUCAAUCAAUAAUGAUCGAUGAUCAUGAAAAGACUUCUACUUGGAAACGCAAUGAUGACAACAACAAUAUCCCAUCAAUGACUUCACCGUGUACCACCUCUAUAUCUAAUGACGAUACAGAUAACAACGAAACUAACGUCGAUGAUGAAAAGAAAAAUGACAAUAUCAAUCUCGCUACUACUGCUAGUAGUAGUAAUACGGCAAACCAAGUCAGUGUCGGCAAAGAAAUGGAUCAAUCUCCUAAGUCUAGUACUCAAGAUUCUCAAACAUCUAUACCUGGAGCAGCAAUCAAACGACGAUCUUCAAAAGAAAGGAAACAAAACGCUCUCAAGGAUGCUGAAGUGGUGAAUCGAUUAAAGGAAAUAUGUGGUAAUGUGGAUCCUACUACUAUUUAUACUGAUAUGGUGAAAAUUGGUCAAGGUGCUUCUGGAGGUGUAUACACUGCCCAUCAUCAUUCUGACAAGGAAGGAGGUGAACCAGUAGCCAUCAAACAAAUGAAUUUACAACAACAACCCAAAAAAGAAUUGAUUAUCAAUGAAAUCGUUGUCAUGAAGCAAUCGCAACAUCCCAAUAUUGUCAAUUUUAUCAAUUCAUAUCUCUGGAAAGGUGAUCUCUGGGUAAUCAUGGAAUAUAUGGAAGGUGGUAGUUUGACUGAUGUGGUGACUUGUAAUAUGAUGACUGAAGGACAGAUUGCUGCUGUCUGUCGUGAAGUUCUUCGUGGUCUUCGUCAUCUUCAUGGAAAUGGAGUCAUUCACCGUGAUAUCAAGAGUGACAACAUUUUGCUUAGUCUUCAAGGAGAUAUCAAAUUGACUGAUUUUGGUUUUUGUGCUCAAUUAAAUGAUAGUCAAACCAAGCGAACAACUAUGGUUGGCACUCCAUACUGGAUGGCUCCUGAAGUGGUGACUAGAAAGGAAUAUGGACCUAAGGUAGAUAUCUGGUCUCUAGGAAUCAUGUCUAUUGAAAUGGUAGAAGGUGAACCACCUUAUUUGAAUGAAAACCCUUUGCGUGCGUUGUACCUGAUUGCCACUAAUGGAACACCUCAAUUACAAGAUCCAGACGCACUCAGUGAAGAAUUCCGUGAUUUUUUGGAACAAAGUCUUCAAGUGGAUUGUGACAAACGACCUUCAGCGGAUGAUAUUCUCAAACAUCCCUUCUUGGAAAAGGCCGAUCCUUUACGCUCCUUGGCUCCUUUGAUCCGUGCUGCAAGGGAAAGUAUGCAAACGCAAGAUUGA